UCUCUUUCCGUAGUUAGGCUUUUUUGGACUUUUACCGUUUCGUCACCUAGGUGGUGCAAUGUGAUAGUAACUUAAAUAUCUGUGAAAGCUAGUUUUGCUAUGAAGUGUGUCUAAUUUUGAAAUAUCAGCUUUAGGAUAGUCAUGUCUUCUAACAGCGUCAUACAGAUUCCCAGUCGCCUUCCUCUCCUCCUUGUCCAUGAAGGCGUUCUGCUACCAGGUUCCACUAUGAGAAUUAGUGUGGAAACCGGUAGAAAUAUGCAACUGGUAAGGAGCAGACUGCUAAAGGGAACUUCACUAAAAAGUACCAUUAUUGGAGUCAUUCCAAAUACCAGGGACCCUGAGAGUGACGCUGAGGAGCUACCUACAUUGCACAGGAUUGGCACGGCAGGAAUUGCUGUUCAGGUAGUAGGUAGUAACUGGCCUAAACCUCACUACACUCUGCUGAUAACAGGCCUGUGCAGGUUCCAGAUCCUUCAGGUGCUGAAAGAGCGACCUUAUGCCAUAGCAGAAGUGGAGCAGUUAGAUCGACUUGAAGAUUUCACAAACAAAGUAGAUGAUAAAGAAGAUGUGGGAGAACUUUCAGAGCAGUUUUACCGAUAUGCUGUGCAGCUGGUUGAGAUGCUGGAUAUGUCUGUUCCGGUGGUUGCAAAGUUAAGGCGCUUACUUGAUAGUCUUCCAAAAGAGACUUUGCCAGAUGUUUUGGCUUCUGUAAUCCGAACUUCUAACCAGGAGAAACUUCAGAUUCUUGAUUCCAUUAGCUUGGAGGAGAGAUUUAAGAAAACAAUACCAUUGCUGGUCAGGCAGAUUGAAGGUUUAAAGCUACUUCAGAAAACAAGGAAAACAAAGACAGAUGAUGAUAAGAGGGUUGUAGCUGUUCGUCCCAUUAGAAGAAUUGGUGGAAAACAUUUUGCUCUGGAAACUGAGCAAGAAGAUGAAGAUGAUGAAGAGAUGGAUGACAUCACAGUACUAGAAAAGAAGCUAAAGGCUGCCAAUCUUCCCGAGCAAGCACUGAAAAUCUGUAUGAAGGAAAUCAAAAGACUAAAGAAAAUGCCUCAGUCAAUGCCAGAGUAUGCACUCACACGAAAUUACUUGGAGCUAAUGAUUGAACUGCCAUGGAAUAAAAGUACAACAGAUCGCCUGGAUAUCCGUGCUGCUCGAAUUCUGCUGGACAAUGACCAUUAUGCUAUGGAGAAGCUGAAAAAGAGAGUGCUAGAGUACCUUGCCGUCCGGCAACUGAAGAACAAUCUGAAAGGACCUAUCUUGUGUUUUGUUGGGCCUCCUGGAGUAGGCAAGACCAGUGUAGGAAGGUCAAUUGCCAAGACCCUGGGCAGAGAGUUCCACAGGAUUGCUUUAGGAGGAGUCUGUGACCAGUCUGAUGUCAGAGGUCACAGACGUACUUAUGUGGGAAGUAUGCCUGGUAGAAUCAUAAAUGGUCUGAAAACUGUCGGUGUUAACAAUCCUGUUUUCCUUCUGGAUGAAGUGGACAAGUUAGGAAAAAGUCUCCAGGGAGACCCAGCUGCUGCACUUUUAGAGGUAUUGGACCCCGAACAGAACCACAGUUUCACAGAUCACUAUUUGAAUGUGUCUUUUGAUUUAUCUCAAGUGCUCUUUAUAGCCACUGCCAACACUACAUCUACAAUCCCACCUGCCUUACUGGACAGAAUGGAAGUUAUUGCAGUACCAGGCUAUACACAGGAAGAGAAGACUGAAAUUGCACACAGGCACUUGAUUCCUAAACAGUUAGAACAGCAUGGACUGACACCACAACAGAUUCAGAUUCCACAAGAUACUACAGAGGAGAUCAUUGGCAGGUACACUAGAGAAGCAGGCGUUCGGUCUCUUGAACGAAAAAUUGGAGCCAUUUGUCGAGCAGUGGCUGUAAAAGUGGCAGAAGGACACCAUAAGGAAACAAAGACCGACUCUGAUAGUGAAGGCAAAGAACACGCUGAAGUUGCACAGUCAGAAGCCAUCACUGAUACCGCUGAUCUGUCUCUGCCUCCUGAAAUGCCUAUUGUAAUUGAUCGACAUGCACUUAAAGAUAUUCUUGGGCCACCAAUAUAUGAAAUGGAGGUUUCAGAACGUCUGAACCAACCUGGGGUGGCAAUAGGCCUGGCUUGGACACCACUAGGUGGUGAAAUCAUGUUUGUGGAAGCAAGCCGCAUGGAUGGUGAAGGGCAACUUACAUUGACUGGACAGCUGGGAGAUGUCAUGAAAGAAUCUGCACAUCUUGCAAUUAGCUGGCUUCGAAGCAAUGCCAAGAAAUACCAACUAACCAAUUCUUCUGGAAACUUUGAUCUCCUUGACAACACAGAUAUACAUCUACACUUCCCAGCUGGAGCUGUCACAAAAGAUGGACCAUCUGCUGGGGUUACUAUAGUAACUUGCCUUGCCUCACUGUUCAGUGGGCGGCUGGUGCGUUCAGACAUUGCAAUGACUGGUGAAAUUACACUGCGAGGCCUUGUUCUUCCAGUUGGCGGUAUUAAAGACAAAGUGUUAGCAGCACACAGAGCUGGAUUAAAAAGAGUCAUAAUUCCAAAAAGAAAUGAGAAGGACCUUGAGGAAAUACCAAUCAAUGUUAGAAGGGAUCUGGAUUUUGUAACAACAAGUGACCUGGAUGAAGUUCUUAAUGCUGCCUUUGAUGGAGGAUUUCCUGUUGUGAAUAAAGAGAAUCAUUUGACCAGCAAACUUUGACAAAACAUUUAGACUGGGCUGUGAGCAUUCUAAAACCGAUUUUUUGAUGCACAAAAUGAACGUUCAUAAUCUGGAGGUAAAGCUGCUCAUGCACAAUGCUUUACUGGUGUUUGCAUUAUGGCUGUACCGUUUAUAGGUCCACUGGGCAUAACAAACUUAUGCUAAGCAUCGUGGCAUUUGUAAGUCUGAAGGUCCCACUUAUUUUUUCGUAUGUGACCAAUGCUAUCUGUGAAUGACCUGGUUUGUAAACAAAUGAUGGGAGUAUAAUUAGUGUGUUGUGUGGGCUUAACUCUUGCAUACAAAUUAUGUAAUCUGCCAGGCAUUCCUACCCUUGAAAGCAGAUGAUCCCUUCAAGUACUGUUCUCCACAAGGAUAUAUUGUUAUAUUAAUGGGUUAAGCAGCCCCCAGAGCACACACCCUUCUUUCAACCUAUUGCUAAACAGAAUGCUGCUAAAUGGAGCUGAUUCUGCAGUUGCACUGUUAGUGGAAAGAUAGUAGUUUACUAAUGACAACAGCACUUAUGUGAUUUCUGCUUUAUAAUUAAAACAGUAUUGGUGCAACAUUA